AUGUCGCGAAAAAGGAGGCGCGGCCACCGCGAAGAAGUAGAAGCGGAUCGAAUAAGCCAUCUCUCCGACGACAUUCUGCACCACAUCCUCUCAUUACUCGACGACACGAGAACCGCCGUGACAACCAGCCUUCUCUCCAAAAGGUGGAGACACCUGUGGAAAGACGUUCGUGCCCUCAGCCUCGACCAGAACUCCUUCUCUUCGCGUGAGCGUUACACAACAUUCGUACGCAGCCUUCUCUCCUUCCGGUCCGACCACGCAACCAUCGACAAGCUCAGCUUCACUUCCAGCCGGUUCGAUUUUCACGACCACCACGGAUCGGAUCACGACUCGUUCGACUUGGUCAUGGACUACGCCGGUCGAACCGGUCGUGACCAUGACCGCACUUGCUUAAUUAUUAGACAAUUACUAGGUUUACAUUGA